AUGGACUACAUCAAAGAGCUCGACAUUCGACUCGACAAGGAGUACUACUACGCGGGCGAAGUGCUCUCCGGGCGGGUAAUAAUGCACACGACGGAAAAUUUCAAGCUAAAGUCCAUCCGGUUGCAGCUGCGGGGCAAAGCUCACGUCGAGUGGAAGGUGUUUGUAUCCGGAGACAAAAGAACGGUUAAGGACGACCAAGUCUACAUCGAUGAGCGGGCCGUGAUCUGGGGCGAGCGGGCCGGCGACGGUCUGGACAUGAGCGUCCCGGUACUGGUACGUGGCCAGCAUCAGUUCCCGUUCCGGUUCAACAUUCCCGAAACCAACCUACCCUGUAGCUUCGAGUCACGUGCCUGUUACAUCCGUUAUUUCGUCAAGGUUACGAUUGACAUACCGUACGCUUCGCCACCACAAGGAAUCAAGUACUUCACCAUCAUCGGACCACACAUAGACUGCAUGGACGAGCAAUAUCUGAAACCGGUGUCGGGGCAGGACAAGAAGGUGCGGUGCUGCCUUUGCUGCGCCAAGGGUCCCGUCACGCUGAGCUGUUCCCUCGACCGAACCGCCUUCUGCUGCGGCGAGACGCUGAAGCUGAAAUCAAUAAUCGACAAUCAGGGCGAGGAAGCGGUCAAGCUGAAGGUACGCCUGCUGCAGGACUGCGAGUUCUUCGUCGAGCGGGGCGUUCUGGGCGUUACGAAGGAGGUGCAGCACCUGGUGGUGGAGUACAAGGGUGAAACGGUGGUCCCGAACGAGCGGCAGGAUACGUGCGCGAGUCUUCGCAUCCCGACCGUGCCGACCACCAUGAUGGGCGUUUGCCGAUUGGCACAGAUCUACUACACACUCGUGGCCUGCCUGGAGUUCGAUAAAUCGGGCGAUGAUUUGCAGAUUAACUUCCCCAUCACGAUCGGCACGGUACCGUUCCGAAUACCGAACAGCAAUUUGCAGCCCCACAUCGGAUACGAUGUGGCCAUUGACCACGUUGAAGGCGGCAUCUACAUCGGUCCAGAGUUUUUGCUCGGUGAGGUGUACGACGGGUGUAACGUGAGCGACAACGAGCACCGGGACGUGGCUCCCCUGUUCCGACCCGUCUACCUGAACGUGGUCCGCAGCUCGCAGCAAAUAUCGGCCAAAGCGGUGGAACGUAACAACCGGCGGCAGUCGGCAUCGGCCGCGCUCGGUGGCAGUCAAAUGGCCGCCGACAGUGGCGCCGGGGCGAGUAGCAGCUCCGGUGGUGCAAACGGAAGCAGCGGAGAGCCACUUCAACGCUUCCGGAAGUAG